AUGCUUAAAAUGACCUAUCUCAAGCUGCAGGAAGCUAUGAAAAAGCGGGAAAAGUUUACAAAGGAACACGAAGAGAUAUUGAGGGACAUCAAACAGGGUUUGUUACAGCUUGGAAAAGAGGGCAUUAGAGGACCAUUAUCUGGAGAUGACACGUAUAUGUACGAUGAAGAGGUACGCAUGCUAGCUCCAGUCCCGCAUUACGCAGACCCUCUUAACCGUCCCGCCCAUUGGUACGACGAACCACCGUACGAAUCGGACCCUGAAGACUUUCUCAUGGGUUGUAGCGAAGGACCAUCUGCCACCAUACAAAACGGAAGGGUGUGCUUCACGCUAAAUACUCGACAAGAUUCCAGAGGAGAAGGAGUAAUUUCGUUGAGAAGCGCGGGCGACAUUUCAUUGCCUAGGGAAUCGCAAGCUGGAUUGGGAAUUGCGCCCCGAAGAGGAUUGAUUCUUCCUUCGCAAGCUGGAUAUCCACCGGCAAUAAUUCCUUUAAGGUCUUCUAGGGAUAUCGAAAGUGGUGACUACGCUGGUUCCGACGUGCAAAGUGUUAGCUCGAGACUGUCGACGUUGUCCGUAGAUACCAGUAGAUCUGAACACCAUGAAUUAGGUCAAAUUAUUUCUCCCCAGUAUUAUACGCAAUUAGAAGGAAAAAUAAGACAUUUUAGGAAAAUUAGCGGGUAUUCUAGGAGCGAGGAUGGAAUGUCGCCUAGUCAAAGUUCAGAUUACGAAGAUCAAGAGGAUUUUAGUAAUUGUAGCCAGCAGAUAGCAACUGUACAUGUGGUGAGUUUUAAAUAA